UGCACCUCAACAGAGUGACCACGUUGUCCUAAAGAACACACUCUCAGACAAUGAGAAGGAAAAAUUUGAUAAGAAAAAGGAAGAGCUUCAAAGCAGGUACAAAGAUAAAUGUGAACAGUUUCAUGGUUUUAACAUAAUGCAAAGUAAUUUCUCUCAGGACUACGUCAGGGAGGCAUGUGCUGCAUUAGAAAAUUGCAAAAAAAACAAAUCAGUCACUGAAGCUUGCUGCCAUCCUAUCCCUGCUGAAUGCCUAUGUACCAGGUUCAUAUCUCCUGGAGUCUCAGUGCCUGGACUUCCUCAGUCAAGAAAAGUGCAAUGAUCUUUUACUGGAGGAUCAAAUGCAGCCUUCUAAUCAUCUCAUCAUCACAUUCCAAGAAGAUGGAAGAGCUGAGAAAAAAGUCCGCAUGGCUCACACUAUGAUAGCACAAUAUUGUACUGAACUGUUGGCUGAUGAAGGUGUGACCAGAAGUGACACAACAAGAAACUUCUUGAACAAUUUUUGCAGUGAUGAGAUUCCUCUGUGGUUGUUUGGUUUUGUCAAAGACAUGUUAACCAAAAGAGAAAUGAAAAAAGAAGAACAGGAAAAGUUUUCUAGACUAAUUCUAGACAUUGAAAAGAUGGAGGGGAACGAGCAGUGUGCAACAGUUUUAGAGGAGGCCUCAUAUACAUUUGAUCAAAAUCCAAAUUUUCCACAAACUCUUGCUCGCUUUUAUUAUAUAGAACAAGAAAGCUACAAUCCGGCAGAAAUGUGGGCAAAAACAGCAAUAGAAAGAGAUCCUCAAAAUUCAUUUGUUGCUGACACACUUGGCCAAGUCCAUAAGAACCACCUAAUGAAGCAAAAGGUUUCUGGUGAACCAAGAGAAAUUUUGCACCUGGCCGAAAAAGCCAUUAAAGCUUUUGAAAAUGAAGAAAAACUUGCUGAGAAUGAAGUACAAGAAAUGAGAGAACAUGGCAACGCAAACAUCUCACAGUUUUAUAACUACAGAGGGCUUUUUGGUUACCUGCGGGUCUGCAAUACUCUGUAUGACAAACUUGUCAGGCCAAGUAAAAUCUGGAAAAAUGUUCUCACGAAAAAAGUAUCGAAGAGCUCUGCCCUCAAAUCACUUGAAGAUAACGAACUCCUCGAAUUCCGUGAUUACAUUAAAAGACUUAGAGAUGAAGCUAAGAAAAAAUUGAUUUUCUUUGAAAACUUUCUGGCUUAUUCAAAGACUAACAUGGAGAAAGAUGAUCCUGAAUAUAUAUUUGAUGACACCUCAGAGUGCUACCAAAAGUAUGUUGGAGACACAACUGCAAAACAACUCAUCGAGAUGUUUAAGAAAAGAAACUUAGAUGACCAGUCUGUGGAAGUACUGUCAUUUCUUGUCAAAGAAUACACUCAAACAGAGCUCGAAGAAAUAUCUAUGUGUCCAAGUGCAGAUUCAGAGACAGCUCUGGUCAACAACAUCCUCGCACGAUUUGAAAGAAAAAUGCCCCUGAGUGACAGAGACCCACCUGAGCUGCACAUGUUCGCCCUCCUCUGGUACUGGCCUGAAAAUCAAGGCCAAUGUGUUUUUGACCUCAGUGAGUUAACUCAGAAAAUGCACAAGUCUUAUGAAAACUCAUAUAAGAAGUACUUUCGAGCCAGGUAUCAUCUACCCCUGUUUUUUAUUGGAAAAGGUGAAGGUGUGAAGAGAAUUGUUCACAGAAAUGUUAUUGAGAAACAUCUGGAAGUGAGACCAGAUUGGAGCGAUAACUGGAAGAAAGAAGAAAUCUUCAGAAAUUCUGCUGUUCAAGAGCUCCUUCUCAGACUUAAUGGAGAAGUAAGAAACUACAAAGUGUAUACAAGAGUUGUGUGUGUGAGAAACAGCCUUUGGAAACCACGCUCAGUUACUUUUUACCUUGGAUUUACCAUCAGAGGUCCUGUGGCCUUUGACAUUCAGAAAGAAGACACAGAUGAGAGUGUCGUGGAUAACUGUGGGACAACUCAGACCAAUGAUGUGAAAGAGACCAAAGAUAAUGAGGGACAUUAAAGUGUGUUAAUCCUGCUCAAAAUCUCCAUAGGAAGGAGAAUCCAAGACUUCUUAUAUUUUUGGUAUUUAAGUUUUUGGUUGUAGAGGCAAAACCUAAAGGACAAAUGUGCUGUAACUUUGAAAAUCUCUGUGUUAUGGUCGUUUUUGUUUUAGAGAAAAAUUAAAAAAAAUUCAGCAUUUAAUUUGAAAAUUUUUGCUGCACAUAAACAGUAAACUUAAUAUUUUUCUGGUGCUAGAGCAUUUUUAGUCAUGGAUGUAUUAUCUCAGAUUAAAGAACAAACUUUCUAAUUCUUAGAGAGAAUCUAGCUAUUAAAACUUGUUUGCAUAGUGUCUACUUAAUAUUGUGUUCAUGGGUUUGUGACAUUUAUGAAAGUUUUGAUGUAGUAAAGUCAAAAUACUUUGUCAAGAAACACCUCAAAUGAUUUUUUUUAUAUUUUAAUUUUUUCUUUUAUCAAUCUCUAAACUAAUUUUUUUUUUUGAAAACAUGACAUAAGAUGAGUGAAGCAUAACUACUUAACCAAUUAAAGCCUUUCAGAGUUUUGAAGAUCAGAUUUUUUUUUAAGAUUUUGAAAAUGGUAGAUUUAUAUGAUGCAGUUUUAUGUUUUGCUUCUUUAAGCAUUAAAACAUGAAAUAGCCUGUAUGUGCUAUUCACUUCAUGGUUUUAUUAUGUAUUUAUCAAAGGGGUUUCUUUUUUUCAUUGUGUUGCGGUUUUUCACUGUUAUAAUAUGUACUUUUUAGUUUAAUUUUUCUUUAAUUAAGAUGAACAUUAUUGAGUAAUAAUAAAAAAAACAAAGGUUUUGUUUCUGCAGCAGCAUUGAAUCUGCAUAUUUGCAUCCUGAAUUUAAUCUUGAUUAUGUAAAUCAAUAUUAAAAUUACAAUACAUGACCA